CUUUUAAUUUUUGUAACAGUCGGUUGUUUUUAGCAUUUCAAAUCAUCUCCUUCUUCACGCUUCCUCCCUCUCUCUCUCUCUCUGUGAAUCACCGCGGCCACCACACGGCCUGGACGCUUCAUCUCCCCGUCCUCCUUUAACGCUCACUGACUCAAAAUUACAUAUAAGUUAAUGUCAUAACAAUUUCUCUCUCACUCACUGACUCAAACAAUCCACCAUGGAUCACAAGCUUAAACUAUUGCUUUUCUUCGUCUCACUAUCUCUUCUCUCCAUCACCGCCGUUCAUUCACGAUCCGUUCCCAAUUCUACGACCUCUGAUCUACUCUCAGAUGGGUUUAACCCUCACAGCGACCCCCAGUACCUCUUUCUUAAUCCUCUGUCUUCGUCACUCAAGGCAGAGUCCACGUGUGAGCAGACAUACGGCUUCAUGCCUUGCACCACGACUAUAUGGGGGAACUUGUUUUUGAUCCUCGCUUAUGGGUACCUCAUGUUCAUUGCCGCCACGUAUUUGUCUAAUGGGAGUGAGAUGUUGUUGGAGAUUCUUGGCCCCGGUGUUAUUGGAGGCCUCUUUCUUCCUAUCCUCGGCGCGCUUCCCGACGCAAUGCUUAUUCUUGUGUCUGGACUUUCUGGAACUAAGGAAACUGCUCAAAGUCAGGUCUCAGUGGGAAUGGGAUUGCUAGCUGGAUCAACUGUCAUGCUUAUUACUGUAAUAUGGGGAUCCUGUGUUCUCGUUGGCAAGUGUGACAUUCAGGGUUCAGUUGCUAAAGAUGGUCAAAAUACGAAAGGAUUUAGCUUAACUGAAACUGGUGUUAGUACUGAUAUUUGGACUUGCUAUGCUGCAAGGAUAAUGGCUAUAUCUAUCAUCCCAUUUCUUGUUGUUCAAAUACCACAGCUUCUCAAUUCAACUUCAGGAAGACACUUAGCAGUCUUGAUUGCGCUAAUUGUAUCUGUAUUGAUGUUGAUUGCUUACUGCCUUUAUCAGGUCUUUCAGCCUUGGAUUCAGAGGCGUCGGCUUGCUUAUGCAAAGCACAAGCAUGUGAUAUCAGGAUUUUUGAAACAUCUGAGAAAGCAUGCUUUGGGAAGGCUCCUGAAUGAUAGAGGAGAACCUGACAAAGAUGUUAUAAAAAAAUUGUUUGACUGGAUUGAUGAGAAUAAAGAUGGAGAACUUUCACGCGGUGAAUUAAAAGCACUGAUCAUAGGAAUUAAGUUUGAUGAGAUAAACUUGGAUAAGGAUGAUGCUGCAGACAAAUUACUGGAAGAUUUUGAUUCUUCUCAUGAUAAUCAAAUUAAUUUUGAUGAGUUCUAUCAAGGUAUAUCAAAAUGGCUCAAUGAAGUAAAUCGAGGAAAGAGAUCUGGUGAUCCUGGUUCUCGGACAGAAAAACUUCUAGGUGACUUUCAUGAGCAAACAAAGAGGGAGCAUGAUUUGUUGGGAGCUGACGAACAAAGUGACGAGGUUGUUGAGGCUGUUGAAAACCCCAAGUGGACCUCCAUUAAAGCAGCGCUGAUGCUUUUGGUUGGAACCAUUAUUGCUGCUGCAUUUGCUGACCCUCUAGUAGAUGCCGUUGAUAACUUUUCAGAUGCAACAAGUAUACCUACAUUCUUCAUCUCGUUUAUUGCAUUGCCUUUGGCAACCAACUCAAGUGAAUCAGUGUCAGCAAUCAUUUUUGCCAGUCGUAAGAAGACCAGAACUGCCUCAUUAACAUUUUCCGAGUUAUAUGGAGCAGUGACAAUGAAUAACGUCCUUUGCCUAUCAGUUUUCUUAGCUCUUGUCUAUGUCAGAGGAUUGACAUGGGAUUUCUCAGCCGAAGUGCUGGUUAUUCUUAUUGUUUGCGUUGUGAUGGGCGCUUUUGGUAGUUUCCGCACAACCUUCCCUCUCUGGACUUGCUCAAUUGCAUACCUCCUUUACCCCUUCUCCUUGGCACUGGUUUAUGUCCUAGAUUAUGUUUUGGGCUGGUCAUAGUUCAUGACGUUCAUAAACUGUAGUUCUCCCCUUUUGUACUUCUUCAGAUUGGGGUUUGUUUGAUGUCUAAUGAGACCUCAGGAUUAUUAUUAGUCGGAUUAUUGGGGUUUUGAUAUUCCUUUUUGAGCUACUUUAUGAUCAUGAACUUCCUCUGGAAA